AUGGAUCAUUACCUUUAUGCCCAGAUCCAUGGCUACGACUACAAAUACGUCCAUGCGCAGCAGAUGGACGGCUACCACGUUACGUGGAUCCUACCUCAUAUUCUCGCCUCGCUACUUCCGGACUAUGACUUUGUCCUCGCUCUCGAUUCCGACGUUACCGCUACGCAGAUGGAAGUCCCUCUUGAAUGGCUUUUCAAUCGCUGGAACAUUACGUCGCAAACGUCGAUAGCUAUGCCGUGGGACACACUCGAAGAGCGGCCGGACACGCACCAGAUUCUGAGCCAAGACAGCAAAGGAAACCAGGUUCUAAACACGGGCUUCGUGCUCGUCCAGAAUCUGCCCUUCACAUUCGACAUGUUGCAGGCUUGGAGCGAGUGUCCGACCGAGAAACGGUAUAAAGGAUGUGGGCACUGGAAGAAGAACUGGAGUCAUGAGCAGCGCGCUUUCUCCGAGUUCAUCCGGUACGACUUCAACCCGCAAGGCGACAACAUCGUGCCCAUCGCCUGCGAUGAUGCCAUGUCCUGGCCCGGUGCCGUGGACGAACGACCAGGGCCUUACAGACUAUUGAACGACUGCCAAGGCAGGUUCUUCCGCCAUCACACGUGGCACAAGGAGAGGCCUCGGGAAGAGUUCCAGGACUCGGCUAUGCAGCUCCUGACACGGCUGCUGCAGGAGCGGGUGAAGCAGAACGUGGACACGAUCUUGAUCGAAGAGUCCAAGGGACAGCUCGGAAGGAGGUGA